GAAUGCAGGCGGAUGGACGAACUGACACGAUUAUUUUAUAGUUUCUAUUUAUAACGUACGAAAUAUUAUAAUUAGUGGGUUUUCGGCAUGUUCAACCACACGAGCAGCUCUUUCAAGGUGACCUCUAACUACUCUCGGGAUCCCGAUGUGAAAAAAGUAAAUCGCAGGAGAGGCAUGUGGGGCGGCGGCGCGCAAUGCGUGCACGCCUCGCUCCCCCGCGCCCGCGCGCAGCCCCCGCCGCAGCCCGCGCCCACGCUCAGCGGCGCCAUCGCCAGCCGCCGCCCGCCCAGACCUACUCCUCCAUCACCGACCCUGGUGGCGCAGAUCGACUCGUCGGUCGCGUGUCUAUGGCUGUUGACGCCUCUGUCAGCGGGAACCGCGGUCGCCGCUGUGCUCAUCGCUGUCACAACCAACAACUGGCUCCACACGCAGGAGAAUAUCCUGAACCCAGCGUUCAAUGGAACGGGGAAGCACGAGUUGGUCGCUAAACACACGGUCUCGGGCCUGUGGAGGAUAUGUCAUACGGAUCCCGGCAGCACGGAGUUCCGAUGUUGGGACAUCCCGUAUUUCCCGCUGUCGCAGUACGCGCCAGACGCCAGCGACUCAACUAAUGCGAUACCCUACGUAGUCACAAGAUCAGCAGCUCCGUUGCUGUUGGCGGUGGUGACGCAGGCGGUCGGGGCGCUCUGCUGUGUCCUGGGACACUGCGUGAAGGGAAGAAGGCUGUGCACUUUCAUUGCUGGGGUCCUUUUUAUUAUAUCUGGUCUCAUUAUGCUGACCGGGAUAGUCAUGUACAUAUCGGUAUUUAAGUCACAAGUGGGUCACAAGUUGCGGUAUAUGGCCUUUUUCGACACGCCCCGGAUGUCGUAUAGCUACGGGUACUCCUUCGGUCUAUACAUCGGUGGCUUCGUGGCCGCGGAGCUCGCAGGGACUUCGGCCAUCUUCCUCUUCCUUCAGUGGUACCAGAAAGACUGGAUAACUGAGUUAUCCGAUAAGGCCAAAUCGGACUGCCGCGCUUGGGACAGAGAGUACGCCUUCACGGAUUUCAGAGAGAGAGAUUCGACGCUCCUGGAGAGGAGGAUAAUGAAACGGGACACAUAUCCACCAGCGGGCUCCUCGGCUGCCACACCCAACGAGAGACGGAGAUUCGUGUAUGACGACAUGCCGCACUGCUCGAUCCAUAAAAACCGCCGAAUAAACCUGAGCUCCGCCUCACUGAAAGACCUUUCCUCCUCCACUUUAUACGGUUUCCCGGCGGCGCCUCGACCGACGGCCUGCGAUAACUACUUUGAGGAGUUCAAGGAGGUCCCUCAGAGCGCGAAUACGCUGAGCGGUCUACGGAGCGCGUCGAUAUUCCAGUCCCAGGCUUCAGUCGCUAGCGGGAGAUUCCUGGAUACAUCAGCGGUAGAACCUCCUCCUUCCAGGGAAGAGGAGCUGGUGACCUUCGGAGCGGGGGCCCGCGCGAUUCAGACGGACGAUAAGCCCUCACGACACGACAGGGCCGUCGGCACCGAUCCCUACAGAAGGACGACCCCCGUCUGAUUCCUACCAAAGGGUCCCGUCCCUAAAGCAUAUCGAUGAGUGUUUGUGGAAACGUGGCGAUGUUGUUAUCCUUGACGUUAUCAAAUGUUUACAGGUGGUUCGGUGUACAAGCGUAUAGACUUGAGUCUCGACCCUCCCUCUAACAAACACUGCCAGUCGUGUAACGUAUUUUAAUUCAUGUUUUAGAAUCUCCCAGAAAAUUGAUAUUGUGAAUGGAGUGGAUGAUAAUUUAAGGAAUUAUAAAGUUUUUAAAACCAUUGUUUCUAAAUGAGAAGUAGAUUUUUAUAUUAUAUUAUGUUUUAUCGUUAUUAUGGAUUCACAAAUCGUAUGGUUACCUUUAUUUGUUGUA